AUGUUUACCCGUCGGCAGAACCACAACCGGAAUGGCAAGGACUUCGGUUAUCCAUGGCCGGCGAGAAACUCAUAUCCUGAUUCCAAUCAUCGGAAAUCAUUUUCACUCAUUCCUGAUUCUCAGAACAAGGUUCUGAAGCAUGGAACCGCUCUUGGAAGAUCCGUAGAGCUCUCGCGUUUUAUUGGGUAUGAAGGUCUUAUCGUUGAGCUUGACAGGAUGUUCGAGUUUGAUGGAAGGUUGGUCAGUGGAACUAGUGGAUGGGUAGUAACAUUUGCAGAUGGAUAUGGCAACAAAAUGCUGCUUGGUGAUCGCUUGUGGUCCCAAUUCAAGGCGGUGGUGCGGAAGAUGACCAUCGAGUCGGCUGCAACGGUUAGCUAACUUCUCUUCUAUUAUAUAGUCUUAGACCUCUUGACUUCUAGUUUGCAAUAAAAUGGAGUUCAUAAAACUGUGUGCUUUACUUUCUUGGAAUCAAAAUGUUGAGAAAUCUGUAAUAUGCCAUUAAUCUUUGGAGUUUGC